AUGGCAGUCGAAUGUCUGUGCGCGGCACAUUCAAUCUUCUUGUCCUCCGGGCAAGAUCGGAAGCCUGUGCCCUACGGAAAAGCUCUCAAAAGCCUGCGCCACAGCCUUGCGAACAUCGAAGAGGCCCUCUCCUCCGAAGUCCUAUGCGCCAUCAUCUGUCUAUCGUGGUGCGAGGCACUGAUUAACAGCUCAAGCUCUGGAUGGGUUAAACAUUUCUUCGGGUCGUCUAGAAUUAUUCAGCUUCGGGGACCGCAGAAGCAUCAAGAAGGAUUUGGCAGGGCGUUGCUCCAUGCUGAACACGGUCUUCUGUCUUCCGCAAGUUCUAUUGCAGACAGCAGUUGCUUUUUGGACCAUAUCGCUUGGCAGAAUGCUGUCGACUCUCCUUUGCCUGAGAGACAGGAUCCGAUGAAGCUGAAAAUCGUGAUCGAACACUUCAAUCUCAUGACUAAGCUUUCGGUUCUUCGUGAGGACCUUGCCCAAGUAUCACUUCUUAACAGCCCGACAACGGUGUCUCUGCUCUUCGACAAGCUACAAAAGCUCUACCAUCUACGCGUAGGAUUCAAGCAAAACCUGCGUCUCACUUCCGUACUCCCAGACAUCCUCGACGGUGGUUCUCCACCUGCUUCCAAAGACUAUGCCAUCAUCUUCUGCAAGAACGCUCUCGGGCACAUCACCGUCAAUCUAGCACUGCUUGAAUUACAGCGCACAUAUCAAGCAGCACUACUGAACGUGCAUUUUCCGACGACAACGCCUCCAUUCCCGCCACUUCCGUGGGAAAAUAGUGUGAUGGGUCGACAAUUUCCACCCGCCAAACACUUGGAUCUGGAGAUCGACGGACUCGUUGAACUGGUCUCCAGUAGUUUCGAAAAAGCAUUAUUGGCCACGCCGAUAACAUCUCGGCGGAUCGUGUUCUCCUAUCGAGUGAUCUGCUCGCAAGUAUUCAAACAGAAAGACUACCAUCCGGUAUGGGACCGAAUUUAUGCCAUUAUAUGCAGGGCUCAGUCCAACAAAUCCGAAUGA